AUGCAGAAUCCAGUGGAUGGCAAAAGCUACCGUAACCUCGUGGACAAGUUGUCCAUCUGUACUGAGGCUCAGUGCAUACAGCUGGCUAGGCCUUUCUGUGCCGACCCAGUGGUCACGUUUCAUGUGUACCCAGAAACACCAAACCAGGUCACUUGCUCUGAAGAUUUGUCGUUCCUUCCUUUCAUGUCUGAGCAUCUCAUCGCGGAGAACUUCUACAGUGAGCCAUGCACCUUUCGCUACCAAAUGCCCCAUUCCAAUUACCGCAGAAGUGAGUACUCCUAUGGGCCAGCUUUCAUCAGAAAGAGGAAUGAGAGGGAAAGACAGAGGGUUAAAUGUGUCAAUGAAGGCUAUGCUAAACUGAGGCAUCACCUACCUAAGGAGUACUUGGAGAAACGGCUCAGCAAAGUAGAGACGCUCCGUGCUGCAAUAAAAUACAUUAGCUACCUACAGUCUGUUCUGUAUGGUGAUUCUGUGGUGGCAGAAAAAAAUGUCACAGAGCCAAGCCAAGCACCUAAAGCAAUUAACAAACAAAACCAGUUUUUGAAGACUACCUAA